AUGCUCUCGCAGAACCUCCGUCGGCAAUCCCAGUUGUUGCUCAAGAACUCGGUUCCACCGUCAUCUUCUUCUUCAGUACAACUCCGUCGAUUAUGUCUCCUUCGACUGAAGCGCUCCCAUCUCUCUCAGAGGACAGGUGUUCGACAACUUUCGUCCUCCAGCAGUGACCCAGCUCCGAACAGCCCCGGCUCACCCGAAGACAAUGGAAUAAACGAGGCCAAUCCAGCGGACGAGAGGGAUCCGGCGGUGGUCCAGGCUGAAGAGUUGGCAAAGGUCGUCAAAGUCCGUCGUUCCAGAGUAGUCGCCGCUGCUAGAGAAGCAGAAGCCAUUGAGCUACCCGACGGAUUGAAUUUGUUCUGGCUGCCCGCCGAAGAACCGCAACACGCUUUGAACCCUGAAGACUCGAACCUUUCCGACCUCCCUCCACCAGAAAUUCUCGACGAAGCCCUCAACAAUAUUCUAAUCACACUACAUCCUCAGAUUCAGCAUCGAGCGGUUUACCCUGUCAAUUCCGAUACACCUGUCGAGCCCACACUGGGCUUGUAUUGUCCCAUUGAAGGAGGGGAUUACAUUAUUGAUGCCACUGUUCGGGAGCUAGCUCGUCGGACGGGGGCGGAAGUGCUCGUGCUUGAUUCAGUCCAACUGGCUGCUGGCGAAUGGGGACAGUUUGGCAAAGUAUCGCACCAACCACCAAGUGGUAGACAGGAGGCUUUCGAUCUAGAAUUCGAUGGUGAAGAGGACGGCGGUGUACCGACCCAGCAAACGAUGACCUUGACCCUUCUCGCACCACAGCUCACUCAAGGUCGCAGCUUACUACCUUCCCCCUCCCGUCGUUCCCCUGCUCGCAGCAAGAUCAAAGUCUUCUUCGAUACUCUCGUCAAUUCUACCCCUCCACCAUCUUCCCCUAAUGAGACCAGUGCGAGUGCCACUCCCAUCCGACCCCGAAUCGUGUAUAUUCGCGAUUUCACCACCCUUGCCGCGACAUCGUCGGUCUGGUACCCUCCUCUGUUGGCGGCAGUACGGCAACGACGUCGAGGUCCAAUGUCAAGGCCUUCCUCCGCCAUUUCCAACCCGAUGACCAUUGUGUUCGGAAUGACACCGCCUCUAUCGGGCCCAGGAGGAAGUGCCAGCCCAGGCAGCAGUGUUUUCAACAUGAUGAUGAACCAAAAUUCACCGACGGGUAUGAUGAGCCAGGAAACCAAGCAAGAGAAGGUUGACUGGACAGAGAGUGAGCAGGCGGAUCGGGCGCGCGAACGGCGGUUGCAGGAUCGGUUGAAGAAGUGGGAGAGGCACGAGGCCUCUCUUUUGGCUGAAUUGCCCAAGCUGGCCUCAAAUGUCGAAGAGGAUGCGCAGGAGUCAGGGAAACCGGAGGUGAUCGUCAUUGGGCCCAAUGGUUCGAAGGGGGCCCUUCCACCGUUACUGGGUCCGCCCAAUAUGGCUGGCCGCCCAGGACGUUCAGGGGAGUCGGAGAAGAGGUCCUCGUUCUUCAGAACCUCCAUCCUCGUACCUGCGAAGCGCUCUCACUCUCGUGAACGCUCUGUCCGGAUAGCCAGGCGGCGGGAGAUCAACGAAUUGAGUAUGCGCAUGGGGGUCGGUGCCAUCGGUGGCCAUAUCGAACAGGUCCCUGCCGGGCAGAUCCUCGAGCAACCUGAAGCAGACAGACCUGCUGAAGUCGAAGACGGUCCCGUCGGGAAAUCUACCACCGAUGCCCAAUCCGAGUCUCAGAGCAUGUGGGAGGAUUGGGGAAACCGGAUAGAGGUCUGGCCGAACGUCAAGAAAAUCGCGGAUAGCGCUGUUGGGCGUGUUCUGUCGACCGCUAGUCUCCCCGUACCAUCUCUGGAUUCCACAGCCGUCCCUUGGACUUCAGUGCAAUCAGCUUGGAAAGCCCACACAAUGGCCAAGGAUCGUCGCAAGUCGUGGUUAAAAGACUUUGGUGCCCUCAAGGCAAAGGAGUCGGAAGAGGCGAAAACGGAUGAAGCUGCUCCACCGAUAGACGAAAUUGUCGAGCGUGUGCGGAAUGAAGCUGAUUUGGACCCAUAUGAACAACGACUGCUUGGCUGCAUCGUAGACUCAGCGUCCAUGCCGACAUCGUUCAGCCAGGUCCACCUUCCUCCUCACGUCAUUGAUUCAGUCAGGACAAUCGUAUCUCUCCCACUGCUCCAUCCACAAGCCUUUCAGCAAGGGAUAUUGAAGCAACAUGGUAUGACUGGUUGUCUCCUGUUCGGUCCUCCUGGUACUGGCAAGACGCUCGUCGUUCGUGCUCUGGCCAAGGAAGCUGGCUGCCGGAUGCUCGUCAUCACUCCAUCAGACAUCAUGGACAUGGCAGCCGAGAAGCUCGUUCGUGCGACUUUCUCCCUUGCUCGACGCCUUGGACCUUGCGUCAUCUUCUUGGAUGAAAUCGAUGCACUAUUCGGUGCUCGCAUGGCUGCGAGGGAGAGUGGCGGCGCAGCUGCAGCCCAUCGCGGUGUUAUCACCGAGUUCAUGCAGGAGAUGGACGGGCUCAAGUCGUCUCGUGAGGAUGGAAUCAUUGUGAUCGGCGCGACCAAUAGGCCUUUCGACCUUGACGAUGCUAUCCUCCGCCGACUGCCCCGCCGUUUGUUGAUUGACCUUCCGGGAGUGAAGGAACGGGAAGAAAUUCUGAAGAUCCUCCUCCGAGAUGAGGUUAUUGGACCAGAUGUCACGCCGGAGUUGCUCGCUCAGAAGACAGAGAGCUUCUCUGGAUCCGACUUGAAGCACCUUUGUGUUUCUGCUGCUUUGGAUGCAGUGAAGGAGAACGUCCACGUCCCGUGGCUGUCGGUUUCUCAGCCAACCGAGGCCAAGAACGAAGCCGAGUCGACCGUGUCAUCCGAAUCCGAUGCCACCCCAAAGUGUCCUCCCACAACCGUUGAAGGAGCCGUCGGUUCGCCUGUCCCAGAUACAUCAGAUGGAACGACGACCACACCUUCGGCGGAGCCGGAGACCGCGCGUCAUGCUCGGGUUUUGCAUUUGCGCAACUUCCUCAAGGCCCUCAAAGAAAUCACCCCCUCAAGCUCAGAGUCAUUGGGAAGUCUUGCUGAUCUGCGCAGAUGGAACGAAGAGUUUGGAGAGGGCCGCAAUGACCGUCGCCGCAAGCAAGUCUGGGGCAAGGGUCGUUUCGGUUUUGUCGAUGAACGAGCGCUACAGAAAAUAGAGGAGGGGAAAGUUGUCCAACCAGCCCCUACGACUCCAUCGGGAUCAUUAGAGCUGCCAUAG